AUGGCUGAGGCAUUCGAGAUCAUAGGACUUGCCUCUAGCAUUGUGGCAUUCGUCGACUUCGGCAUCAAGCUCGUUUCGGCGGUCAAGUCAGCGCGGGACUCGGUUCACGACACACUCCCCGAGGUCCACGAGAUCGAACUGUGCUUGGAAGAUGUCCGUCAUUCCAAUCUGAGGGCCAUCCAGGGGUCACCCGGACGUCACUUAUCUCAGGGUGAGAAACACAUCAUGGCCAUGGCGACCGAGUGCGAGAGAUUGGCGGGUGAGCUUGGCGAGAUUGUCCAAAAGCUCAAGAUAAGAGACGGUGCCAGAUUCAGGACGAUAGAAAGCAGCCGCAUCGCAUUGCGUGUGCUUAGGAAAGGGAAGGACAUCGAGGAUCUGCGUCGUCGUAUCGAUAACUUGGACGUCAGGAUAAGGGCCAACGUACAGUUGAUUCUGGAUAGGGAACGGGGUUCUGAGAUUCUGUCUGAUCUCAAUGCUCUUCGAGAGUCUCAGCGGCAGCUGGGGAUCAACUAUGACUCCAAGCUGGAUGGGAUUCAGAAAGAUAUCCUGCGCUUGGCUGCAGAUAAUCGGAGGGCGCAAGGAGAGCAACUAGCCGCCUUGAAGGAACACCUUGACCUGUUAGAAGAAGAGCGCAUCACCUGUCAAAGGCAGUCCAGGAUCAUCCGGAGCCUAUACUUUCUAGAGCUACGACGCAGAUGGUCACAGAUAACUGACGCGGAUCAGUUCACAAACGCCUGGCUGUUCGAUCCAACAAGGACAAACUUUGUGGAAUGGCUCAAGGACGGAGAUGGCAUCUACUGGAUCAGCGGUAAAGCGGGCAGCGGCAAGUCGACACUGAUGAAGUUCGCGGCCGAGCAUGAGAACACAGCCAAAGCCCUGGAAGAGUGGGCUGGCUCUUCUCAGCUCUUCACGGCGAGUUACUACUUCUGGAAUCAAGGUUUCGAGAUGCAAAAGUCCCAUGUUGGACUGCUCCAGUCUCUGCUAUACCAGAUCCUGAGACGGGCCCCUACUUUGAUCCCUCACGUAUGCUCAGACGGCCGGUUGGAUCACGAAAGAUGGGAGAUCAACGAGCUGAAGACGGCAUUUGAAGCCCUCGCGAAACAUAGCGGCCUGUCUACCAAGUUCUGCUUCUUCAUCGACGGUCUUGAUGAAUACGACGGCGAAGAAGAAGACGUUGUCAGCUUUCUGACGUUUUUUUCCGGGUCCAAGUUGGCCGAUAUCAAAAUAUGUGCAUCGAGCCGACCUAGGCAAGUGUUUAAGCCCUUCCAAGAGAGCGUUUAUUCUCUGGCGGUCCAGGACUUUACAAGCGAGGAUAUGAAAACUCAUGUCCGUCAGAGGCUACAGAUGAACGAAAAGUUCAAGGCCCUAGGUGCCUCACAGCCUGGAUGCGAGGAACUCAUGGCACAAAUCGCUCAGCAAUCACAGGGAGUUUGGCUGUGGGUAUUCCUUGUCACCCGCGACCUGGUCCACGCCGUGAACAGGAACGAGGGCUUUUCUACUCUGCAGAGAAUUCUCCGCCUGUUUCCACCAGAUUUGGAGGCGUACUUUGAGCACAUCAUCGAGGGCAUCAAGCCCGUGUUUCGAGUAGAGAUGGCCCAAAUCUUCUUGAUCACAACUGAGGAGGUUCAGCCACUGCCACUGUUCGCCUUUUCCCUGCUUGAGCGGGAGAGCCGCGACUCUGACUAUGCUGUGAAAGCUCCGAUCUCACCGUCUACCAAGCAGGAGGUAUCAGAGGCCGAGGAUCAGUGGAAGAGUCGGAUCCAAAACCGAUGCGGUGACCUCCUUAUUGUCAAUAACAUGCCUCACCCUAUCUUCCUUGGAAGCCCUGUUGACUUCCUCCAUCGUACUGUCCGCGAUUUCUUGCAAGACUGCUACCACCAGCGACUGGUGGAAAUCGUAACCCCCCAGUCCAGCUUCGAUCCCCUGGUAUCACUAUGCAGAAUGACACUAUUCUUGCUCAAGAGCAUACCAAACGAGGAUUUCCGUCAUAAGUCCUCCAUCAACAGGGUCAUUGGGCUCACAGACGAACUUCUCUACUACGCUCACGAGGUCGAAAAGAGAAGUCAGGCCCCAAAUACGGCUGAUUCCCCUGUGGCUGGCCUAUUAGACGAACUGGACCGGGUCAACUGUGAGCAUGCACGCUCCCUGCGCAAAAGACACUGGACUCAGGCAAGAGAUCUGCCCAGGUCUCGCGGUUACGAAGAGUACCGCGAGGGUGGCAACUGCAAUUUCCUAGCACUAACAGUGCAGGCCCGUCUAGUCAAGUACGUGCAGGGGAAGCUUGCGGCGGACUCGAAACGACUGCAAAAGGCUGGUCGGCCCCUGCUUGACUAUGCGCUACGCCCGAGGCGAGUGACGGCCAUUAGCAUGCCGUAUCACUCCCAAAGGGACGAUCCCAGUAUCGAUGUUAACAUGGUUCGCCUGUUGCUGGAUAAUGGUGCCAGCGUGAACCAAAAGGUGCAUCUUAACGAUGGCCGGACGGUCUGGGCACUAUUCCUCCUUUCGUGCUAUGAGAGCACCACGAGAGGCGAGGCCACCGCGCCAAUGAGGGAGUCUUGGUACCAGGCAAGUGAAUUGCUCUGUCAGCAUGGCGCAGACCCUCAGUGUUGGCUCGACGACAAUGAUGCAUCGAUGAACGUGGCUGGCGUCAUGGACAAGCUGUUUGGGAGGGAUAGAGCUCUGCAUUUGCAAAGCUUGAUGGCCGAGGCCCAGACACGGAAGCAACCAAACAGGAGCUCUUGGCUUUCUGCCCCGGGACGAUUCUGGAGGAUGGUUUCUAACUAA